AUGGCGUCUUCUCCAAACCAAUUUUAUCUUUUCGCAACACAGAUUGCUUCUCUUGUGAUCUUGAUCGGCAUUGCAACUAUUUCCGUCCUCGCCUUUUGUCCCUCCAAAUCCAUCAUUGGAGAAACCUUUCGCUCGCUUCCUGUGGCUCGGAAGCUGUCCUUCGGAACUCAGCUCGUCGCUCUUCAAGUUGCAUUCCUUUGUCUUCGGCACCAUCCCCGCAUUGGAGUGCACACCUAUAUGGGGUAG